AUGGCCUCCCACUGCACAAACAUACAGGCAGAGCAGUGGGCCUUGUACAGAGCAAUCAAAUAUGUCACGGAUAACAACCAUAGGUAUAAAGGGCAUACCAGAUUUUAUACAGAUAGCCAAACAGCACUAAAAAUACUCAUAAACAAAAGAAGAUAUACCGGACUCUCGCAGGAGUUAAUCACUGCGGCUAAUAAUCUGGGAAAGACCAGAAAGGUCAUCUUCAACUGGGUACCGGGACAUCAGGGAAAUCCCGGAAAUGAACUCGCCGACAAACUGGCGAAAAGGGCAAGCACAUUGGAUAAAGAACCCACAUAUAAAAGGCUUCCUAACACAUGGCUCAAGAACCAGCUACACGUGAUUGAAAUCAACCAGUGGCAGCGCAACUGGGACUCCGCUGAUACCGGCAGGAAUACUCACGACUACAUUCCAUCCAUUCAUCUCCGCUUAAAGACCAAACAUUACACUCCCGAUGCCGAAACCUCUCAGAUUCUAACUGGCCACGGUAAUUUCGCCUCCUAUCUCUGCCGUUUUGGCAAGCGGGAGACAAACACCUGUAAUUGUGACGACUUCAGCGAAGGUAACAGCAACCACCUACUAUUCGAAUGUCCAACUUAUGAACAAGAAAGGCUCUCUUUCAUGGGGACCUGCCUUAAAAACGGUCUUAACUGGCCACCAAGACCGAAAGACAUUUUUAACAUCAAAAAAGUCUGGAACAGUCUCAAGAAUUACAUCAAAAAUACAAAGGCACUGUGCAAUAAUUUUCGAACUACGACUGCGACUUAG